CAAGGAUUGUACCUUGGGUAACUCCGCUUUUUACAGGAUCAAUCUACAAGUCAUUCAAAUACAUGACCGAGAAAUCAUCAUUUCAAUCCAAGUUUUCAUCAUAAAUAGGAAUUAGGAGCAGUUCCCUAAGAACAAACUGUUAGCUAACUCUCUAAUGUAAAGCUUAUGGUUUGAAGUUACGUCCUAGUCCGGGCGCGGUGUUCGCCUGUUGUGUUGCUGCUUGGUUGUAAGUCUUUGGUGUGCAUGUCCACUUCAAGGUUGAUUUUAUGCUGACUCUGAAUCAAGAUGCCUCACCAUUUAAAUAUUCAAAACAAUUUAAUGUGAACCAGCAAGUUGACAUCUUAAAGUGAAUUAGACAUAAACUGCAUAAUCUAACCCAAAGUUAUGUAACUUAACAUGGUAUGCUUGUCACCUAAAUUCCUCUGAAGUUUCUUGAGUGUAUUACGUAAAAUGUACCCAAUAGAUGUGUUGUGAUGGUCUAUAUAACCUCUCUAUACAGACUUUUCGGCCUUAAACGAUAUCCCCCAAGUCUCCAAGUCUAGCCAAUAAUUACAACGGUUGUAUGCGUUCGGAUAAAGCAAAACUCAAAGAGUAAGAAGCGCUUUAGUUGAAUGAGUUUCGGCAGGUGGACUUGCAUUAGAGGGAACACAACUAGCUGUUACUAGGCAUUUUUACUCAGCUAAAAUGAAGUUUGUGCCCAUAGUUUUCAUUAAGACACUAGUAGUAAAGAUACAAAUUCUGUUGACUCCUGAGUGGGAAAGUAAAGACAUGGGACUAGUUUGUAAAGCUAUUAGGUGUUUGGUUGGCCUGCAUUAGAAGAAAACCUAGAUCCUCUCACCUACAUUUUACCAUUUAAUAUCAUAUUUAAGCACGUUUUCGCGUGAGACCAUAUUUUAUGGACGACCUUCGAGUGACGCGUAACUGAUUUUGGGGGUGUUGACCAACUUACUAGGGUAAAAUGAAGACCGUCAAUUAUUGAGAGGAAUUAGGAUUUACAAUAGACGUUAGAAAUUAAAAUUACAGCUUUUGCCACGAAUUAACGAUCUGUAAUGCUAACAUGUUAUUCUGUCAUAUGGUUGCAUGAAUUUCACUCCAAGAUCUGAGUCCUGCUAUUUUAAAUCUGAUUGGUUCGUCGAUAAGUUAGUAUCGCCUCUUAUAAUACAAUUUAUUUUUCAUUUGGCUUAACGGUUCAUAUACUCAACAUCCGAAACAGUUUUAGGAGCUCACUUUAAUGUGGAAUAUCAGUGGUACGUGUGAGGAUGAACCAGUAAAAAUACCAGUGAAGAAUGACUAGUUAUUUCCAGGUGGUGGCGUAUCAUUAGUUUGUUGAGGAGUACCAAUAAACCUGAUAAUCUUCAAGCUUUUAGAGCUCAUAAGUGCAAAAUACAUCUAUGUACUUAAUAAUCAAUGCGACAUUAGCUUGACUAAUACAUUUAAAUUAUAACAUUAAGAUAAACUUACCACUAAAUUUAAACUCAGGUAAACCAGACAAGAUGUAGGCCUGGUUGUAUAUGUGUUGGCUAAAUAAUUCUGUUACCAAAUCCCAGAGGAAGGUUUUUCUUACGAGUUCCAUCCUUUAUCUAUCUACCUAGAUCCAGUGGUUCGAAUCGAAACAGGUUUGGCAUGUUUAAACUAAUGUACUGGUGCUUGCGAAUCAAAUACAUGGGAGUUUUAAGUAUUCAUAAGCAAUUCUUGAACAGUUAUGGUGAACGUUUCUUUCCGUCAGGAGUUAGCUCAAAAUUCAAAGUGAUAAUUACGUUUUUGACUGGCAAUCAAUCGACUUUUUACAACGUCUAAAUCAAAAGCACUAUUCAUAGUUUUAUUUUAACAGGAACUGUAAUGACUGAGAACUAUGAGUACAUGCCGCGAGCGAGGCAGGACCCUGAUGUUGAAUAUCCUUUAACAAUUAAGUAUUGUGGUGAAUGUACUAUGCCUCUGGAGUAUUGUGAAUUUUCACCAUUUCCUGAAAAAUGUCGAGCAUGGUUAGAGAAAAAUUUACCUGAAGAGUUUGAACGACUUAAUACUGAUGAUGUGGAUUCAAAUCAAACUGAGGCAACGCCUAAAGGACGUCAAGUUAGGGGUGGAAAAGGAGGACUUAAAAAGCCAGUAAAACAACAAAUAGCAGUAUUUAAAACUUCCAGAGGCAAGAAAAAAUAUACGACUAGUGUCACUGGAUUGUCCACAUUUGGGAUUGAUCUGAAAGCAGCUUCGAAAGUAUUUGGUCACAAAUUUGCAACCGGUAGUUCAGUAACGGGGAAUGGUGAUGAAAUUGUAAUUCAAGGAGAUGUAAAAGACGAGCUAAUUAAUGUAUUAAUAGAAAAAUGGCCAGAAGUGAGUUACUUUUCUUAUUCUAUUCGUCAUUUCUUUCAUGCUUAUAGUGUAUAUUUUUCAUUUUGUUUACAUGCUUAAAUUCUUAGCUGUCUUUGGUUCCAGUAAUACAGCUCUAAUAAUUAUAUAUAUCAGAACUACAUAUUCCCGUUCGUUCAACAGCCUUGCUGCCUGAAUUAACAAAGAUUUGAGUUGUUGGAAAUUAGAAUACACUGUUAAAUGCAUGGAUUGGAAUUUUCGGGUUCGGACGGUUAACAGUUAGAGAAUAAGAAUUUGAAUAGAAUAUAUAAAUGAUAAGUUUAUCAACAGAAAUAAUGAUUAUGAUUAAAGGGGAAAGACAAAAAGAGGCUGCCGAUAAAUAGAAGGUUGUUUUGUUCUGUCGUAAAUAUGCAGUCAGAUAACUUUCUGGUUAUUCAUAUCGUGAAAUUUAGUAUCUUUCUUACAUAAAUACCUAAAGUAUGAAAAGGGAUGAUUAUUCUCUUAGCUAAUGGGAUGUCUGCUUAAAGUAUCAGUCUUAUGUAGUCAUUUUAAAAGUGAUGGUAGUUGAGGUUAUUACUUUCCCUUAAUGCUUUUUACUAUUGCCUACAAGGAAUUCUAAACCAUUAUAUUCGGUUAAUUUUUUCAGUCAUAUGAGGAAUUAAUUUCAUUAGGAUUUGUCAAGCUUAGUGGUUAAAUCAUCCGACUUUUAACCACUAAGACAGUUCAGAUGCCUCUGUCAUCUAGUUCGAGUACACCAGUCGAACAUUAUUUCUACUUCUCACGUUAAGAACGAACUAGUACUUGAUAAAUGAAUUACAUCGCAGACGAUAUACAUCAAGGACAGGUGCCCAUUGUUAUUUAUGCGUUUAUAUAUAAUGGUGGUAUUCUUUACUGACUGUUUUCAGUUAGAGCAAUGUAGAAAACCAAUUGAAAAAGACCCAUACUAUAAUCGUACCCUUUCGUGACUUGUUUCGAGAUGGAGUUAUGAAUUAUUGGUGAGACGUUAUGGCCUGUGGAAUUCAAACAUGUCGAGAGUAAAACAGUACUCAUCAACGGCAUUGGAUGAUUGUUGCAUUGUAUCACGUAUUGAUCGGAGUUAAAAAUACAUACCAUUGGGAGUUGACCGAGUGGUAGGUCGCUCACUGAGAAUUCUGAAAGUUCUGGUUUCGAUCCCUGGUAAUAUCGUGGGUGCGCAGUGCUGAAGGGUUCCACGCCAGGGCGAAACAGCUGGCGAGCCCCACUGGUUUUAUAGUUCCGCAGCUGAGAUCAAUCUUUGAUGUAUACCACUUUGGAACUAAACAUAUCUAUACAAAACCUAUCCAACAAUAUUUUUAUUUAACACUUUAAUCUAAGUUUUGGUGCCCUCAUUCUUUUACUUGCUGACUAUGAAGUUCAAACGAUUUAUUUUUGUCUUGUAGAUUGAUAAAGACGUAAUAGAGAAUCUUGGGGAAAUGAAACGAUAGACCAAAUUCGUUAUUUUGGUGUACAGUGUUGUAAUUAAUUUUCUUGCUUUGAAAAUACAACCCUUUAUAUUGUUGAACUGCAAUGUUUUUGUAACAGUCCACUUAGUAUUUAUAAUCUAACAUGGUUUACAUCAGUUGUAUUAAUGUAUUUAUCUAACAUGAAGUGUGUGAAUUGAGACACCAAAACAUUCAACACACAAUCGGACCUUGGGAACAUGAGCAUCUUAUUGUUUUCUUAGAUCCAUAUAUCUGCUACUUGAUAAAGUCAAAAAACAUUAAGUUACUUAAUGGUCAUAAUCCUUACCCAAUAAGUAGUGUUUCACAGAUCCAUAUCGCAAAGCAACUGUUCUCUUAUAUGUUUUUAUUCAGUUCAUCAUGGAAUGGUUGAUAUAAGAGCUAAUUUAUAAAACACCUCUGAGCCACCGAAUUCGCUGUUCGCAACGAAAACACCCGGACAAAUGAUAGUCUCUACUAUGCUUAGACAGGCUAAUAAUUUUCAGCAUUACUUAGAUAAUGUUACUGCCAGA